CUUCCUCAUCUUUGCUCUGCGUUCCUGCGCAUCUGUGUAUAUCUACCCCUCCUCACUCAUGUCCUACUACGACUCCAGCGCAUGGCAAGCCGCUGCCGCUCCUCCUCCUGCUCCUGUCUGGGAAGCGCGCUCUGUCUCCGCCAACUCGCUGCCUGUCGAAGAGACCGGGGCUUUCUCCUCUCAAAUCGAUGAGGUCGAACGCGCCCUCGACAACCUCAUAAAGUCCGGCAAGUUCUUCCCCGCCAGACGCGAUGGCAUGCCUCUCCUCUCCCCCGGCAUCCCUCACGGCCCCGUCGCUCCCAUCGACCCUCGCAUGGCCCAGCCCGUCGCCCGCCCUCCCUUUGUCUCCAUGGCCUCCGACCCUGAAAUCAUGCGUUCGCAGUCCUCCAUGGCCGCCCUCAACGGCUUCUACGCCUCUCAGCGCUUCCAGCCCUCGCCCGUCUCGCAAACCCCCAACCCGCGUGGCGCUGCCGCUGCCGACCCCGAGCAGGUCUUGCAGAUGAAGCGUCGCUUGGCCGCCGCUCGCGAACGUGAACUCCGCAACUACCACCAGGAGCAGCAGUUCAACCGCAGCAUGUCUCCCGACACCGCUCGCAAGGUCUUUCCUCCUCAGCAGCCUCCCACUCCUACCGGCAUGAUUCACGAUCUUCCCGCGUUUAACCUCGCUGGUAUGGGCAAGGAGCGUGUCAUGUCUCCCUCUGCUCUUUCGGAAGAUGAUCGUCGCGAGAUGCUCAACCGCCAGCACCGUGCUCUCUACGGGGAGAUGGUGUCGGCCGAGGAGCAGCAGUUCCUCCGGGCUUCUGGCACUCCCAGCGAGCCCCGAGUUAUGUCGCCUCGAUUAGCCUUCGACCCUUUCCAGCAGCAACUACUGAAGCAGCAGCAGCAGCAGCUUCAGCAACAACAACAGCAACUCCAGAUUCAGCAGCAGCAACAGCAUCAGCAGCAGCAACAACAGCAGCAACAGCAACAGCUGCAGCAACAGUCGCAGCAACAGCUGCAGUUGCAGCAGCAGAACCGCGAGUCAAACUCUCCUAUCGGCCGUCCUCGCUCGAACUCGAACGGCACCUCCUCUCCUUCCUCUCGCUCGGCGAACUUCAGCCUGUUUGACAGCACAACCACACGGCAGUCAAACACAUCUGCAUCUUCUCCCGAGCACUCUCCUCCUCGCGCGCCUUUGGUUCGCGCAAACACGUCUGCUACGGUCGGACCGAUUGGUUCGCGCCCUAUCGGAAUUGGGUCUGGCGCGAUCGGCGGCUCGCGCCCGAUCGGGUCUCCGUUCUCGCUCGGGCACGAGUCCGAUCCGUUCAGCCAUCAUCUUCCGGAACGGUCUCCGUCUGUGGCGUCUAACCCGUCAUCGGUUGUUGGCGGAGGCGACACAUCAUCGUUGUCGAGCUCGUUCAACGGCGGAAGCCUGUCGAGCAGCACGAACAACAUCAACAACAAUCAAAACAACACACCUGGCGCGAAAAACAGCGCGCCAGGAUCCGCUUCGAACCCUUCGACUUCAUCGUCUACUGGCAACAUGGCAUGGUCAUCAAAAGUUUGGGGCAAUAAGGGGUUGGGUAUGGCUGCAUCUGUCUGGGGUUAAUCAAAAGAGAAAAAGAGAUCUUUUUUCUUAUUUUUUUUGACUUUUGUGCGAAAAAGAAGUUCAAAAAGCGUUCAUUGGUGUUUCCUUUUUUUUUGAUUUACUUUUAUAAUCAUUUUUUUGGUGGAUUUGAUUUUGUGUAAUGU